AUGCAGACCAUCAUUCCGCUGGUCUCUCCUCCAACGUCUUCGCACUCAACCCUGCCUCCACCACGGCAACGGUCCGCCGCCCAGAACCCCGCACCGCUUCCCGAGUCUCCCACUUCGCCUCCGGGCCAAUCGACCCAACCCGGGAGCCGAGGAGCGGAGGACCCAGCGACGCACCCGACGCCCGUAGCCCCGCUUUCAGACUUGGCGGAGGGCCUGUGGGCCCAGCUACGCCUCGUAGGCCGCCGACUGGACGAGGUGCAGCGUGAGGUUCGCCGGACCAGGGGAGACCCGGGGGCCGAGCAACACCGGGGGUCCCCUUUCACCCCCGAGAUUCAAGAGCAUGCGAUCCCGCCGCAUUUUCGGCUCCCUUCAUUAGACGCCUACGAUGGCGCCACCGACCCGGCUGACCACGUAGCCGCUUUCCGCACCCAGAUGGCGCUGUAUGGGACGUCCGACGCCCUGACGUGCAGGGCUUUCCCGACAACCCUGCGAGGCCCAGCCCGGGCGUGGUACAACAAUCUGAAGACCGCGUCCAUCGCCUCUUUCGACCAGUUGGCCAAGGAUUUCGAACUUAACUUUCUGGCUCACGCCAAGCCGAGGCCGUCGGUGGCAAUGCUCCUCGGGCUCAACCAGAAGGAGGACGAGCCCCUUUCUCACUUCGUGGACCGCUUCACCAUACAAAUUCGCGGGCUGACUGAUGCUCACCCCUCUUUGAUGAUGCAGGCAUUCAUGAUGGGCCUGCGGCCUACCCGAUUCUUUUGGUCUCUGGUGGAGCGACCCCCCACUUCGGUACCCGAAAUGUUACAACGCGCAAACCAGUUCGUCGCUGCUGAAGCAUGGAUGGUUGGAAGGCGCGACGAGCGCAAGAGGGUUAAGCCAGAGCAGCCCCGGCAGCAACAGCCCGCUACCUCCCGGCGUAGGGCUGGCGGACUCGACAAUGCGGUACCCAGGUCCCCUCCCCCAAGCCUGAACUCCUCCCGGACCGAAAUAUUUCUCCACAUCAAGGAGAAAGGUCUUCUCAAAGAUCCUCACCCGAUGAAUAGCCCGCGCGAACUCGCGGACCGCUCUAAAUACUGCCGUUUUCACCGACAGCCCGGUCACGACACCGAGGAGUGUCGAGAAUUAAAAAGGCAAAUUGAGGAGCUCAUCCGCCGAGGACACCUCGGCUCAUACCUCCGGCCAGAAAAGGAGUUCUCGCCACGCCCGGAGGGACCCAUCGAGCGGCACAUAGAUGUCAUAACCGGCGGGCCAGCGUCCGGAGGGAACUCCAUGGCGGGCGGAAAGGCCUACGCCAGGGCCUCCCGAGCCGAAGCUUCCAAACAUGAAAAAGGCCCCGAAGUCACCUUCCCGACCGGGGGACCCGUGCCAGCCGAACAUGAUGACGCACUGGUGAUAUCAGCCAGAAUCGCCAACGCACAAGACAAAGACAGUGAUGACCUCCUUUCUAGUGGUUGA